CAUUGGUUCAGCAUUAAGCAAACAGGGUUUGGAUUUCCCUUUAUUUCCCAAUGCAUAUAAAAUAAAAGACAGCUUCUUGCUUUGAUUGGACACCCUGUGCCAUUUUGGAUAUAUCUGUGAUCUCAAUAUCCAUGAUCUCCAUCACUCAGUCACAGUGUAUCGUUACUGUGGAAGGCACCUCAACAACAUCACAGAUGGGUCUGUGGUUUAUUGCUUUCACCAUUUUUCUGUUGAAAGGUGCUCUCUGCCAACAGUGGAGUCUGUGGACGCCCCAAAGCCUUGUGGCUGUUGGUGGAUCCUGCCUAAUGGUCCCAUGUAGAUUCCAGAUCCCUGCAGAGUUUGAUGCUACCUUGAACAACUGCACACCCCAUGGGCUUUGGAAGAAACAUUCAGAAUGGGGAAGUAUCGUUUUCCACACAGCCCAAACGGAUGCCAAGAACAUCAUCAAGGGAGUGAUGUUGGGAAAUCUGUUGAACAAGAACUGCACCACUAUUUUCAACAGUUUCUCUGCAGGAUAUGAUGACACAUAUAUCUUUAGGCUGGAAUGUGCUGGAACAAAUCCCCUCAAGUAUAACUUUCUACCAGGUUUAAAUAUCAAUCAUACAGACACCCCACCCAGACCCCAACUGAUCCCUAUGGGCAACAUCAUGGAGGGGGAGUGGGUUAGACUGAGCUGCUCUGCCCCUGCCCCCUGCCCUACAUUGCCGCCCUCCCUGACCUGGACCUCUGGGCUGGGUGGAAGUGUUGAGAGCCAGCUACAAGAGGGUAUAGAUGGGCUCAUGACCAUGACCUCCACCCUGACCUUUACCGCCUCCCUCCUGCAUCACGGGCUGAUGGUCAAGUGCUCUGCCCGCUACACACUGCAGCCAGGGGGCACCACCAAGACGACUCAGGGGAACCUGACCCUCAAUGUUUUGUAUGCCCCUAAAAACACUGUAGCCCUGUCCAACCCAACGGGGCCUGUGCCUGAGGGGAGGGCAGUGACCCUGACCUGCCAGAGUGAUGCCAACCCACCGAUAGAGCGCUACUCCUGGUACAAAGACAUCAGUGGGAAGGAGACCUGGAAGGCCAAUGGGCAGACACUAGUCCUCCUGGUCAGCAAGGCGGACAGCGGGCUCUACCUCUGUGAGGCCCACAACCAGAACGGAUCACAGAGGUCAAAGGCCAUGCCUCUGGAGUUCGAAAGUGACCAAUUUUUCAAGAUGGCCCCCUACAUCAUCUGUGGAGUGAUGGUGUUGCUUUAUGUUCUGACCGUCACCGUGGAUGUGUAUAAAUAUAAAAGUCUCUCCAGAAGACUGAAACAGAUAGAGCUCUCCCUCUCAGGGAAAGCGGACAACACAUACACCAACCUAAGGAUCGCCAGCACCAGCUCUGACUAUGACCAACUCCAGAUGACCAGGGCUGCUCCAGGUAAAGCUCACUCUUAUGAAAACCCCAAUGGAAUUGGCAGAAGGAGUGAAAGAGCUGCGCCCUGAAACCACAUGGCAAAACAGCUCCAGAUUUGACCUUUUCAUUUUAGCUUUCGUAUGGAAAAUGAUCAUCUUGUAUCUUUAGCUUCGGAUCAUACUGUAUCAUUUUUAGUCACAAAAGACAUGAUAUUAUAUAUUUGAACCUGAUGUUUUCUGAAUGUCAUCACCUCUGCUAGUGUACUUCGCCUGAAAGAGUUCAAAAUGAUCCAGAGGCGUCAUGCACCUGAUUUUUUUUAUAAAAGGGGGCAUUGAUGGCCAAAUUGGAUAUCUUUGGAUUCAUGCGUAAGAUGAACCAUAGCUUCUGUAUUUUCAGUGUACAAAUCGAUAAACUCAAUGGGCAUAAUGCCUCUGUGUUGCCCCUGUGAGCUAUGUAUUUACAUCUCAAUGUGUAAGACUGUGUAUAUGGAUAAAUGCAAUGCUUUAUGCACUGAUAGUUGUAUUUCCUAAAAUAGUACUUAAUUGUUCUUGAAGGAUUUUGGUUUGUGGUUCAGCAUCAUCAGUGUAUUGCUGUCGUCUUCUCUGUAGAGGAUGUUAAACCAUGCAGGGGGUUGUGGGUUGUGUGGUAAUCAGUCGAAUAAAUCUCUUAAUGCCA